CUGUGCUCCCUCUACAGAAUAAGCAUUGGUUCAGAGUGCUAGAACUUCGGGCUAAAACACACUGGACUAAACUGAAAACCAGAGGUUGAUCUACUACUGAGCUAAACUACUGUUGAGAGCUGAGCAUGCCAGAGGAGGGUAUGGAGGACAACAAGGGGAGAGAGGAGAGACCCAAGUGGAACAACAAGGCAGAGUACCUGCUGACCUGCAUUGGCUUCGCUGUUGGAGUGGGGAACGUGUGGCGCUUCCCCUACCUCUGCCAGAUUUACGGAGGGGGUGCGUUUCUGAUCCCCUACCUGAUAGCCCUGGUGUUUCAGGGUCUGCCUCUGCUCUACUUGGAGCUGGCUAUAGGACAGAGGCUCCGUAUGGGCAGCAUCGGAGUCUGGAACUCCAUAUCACCCUACCUGGGAGGAGUAGGUGUAGCCUCAAUGGUAGUGUCCUUCUGUGUGAGUCUGUUCUACAACACUAUCGUGGCCUGGGUCCUCUGGUACCUCUUCAACUCCUUCCAGGACCCCCUGCCCUGGAGCCAAUGUCCCCUCAACCACAACAACACAGGGUACGUGAAGGAGUGUGUAGAAAGCACGCCGGUCAACUACUUCUGGUACCGUCAGACCCUGAACAUCACUCCUAACAUGGAGACCAGUGGCUCUCUACAAUGGUGGCUGGUAGUCAGCUUAGCUACCGCCUGGUCUAUCAUUUACAUCUGUUUCAUCAGGGGGAUCGAGACCAUCGGCAAGGCUGUGUACGUCACAGCAACGUUCCCCUACCUGGUACUAACCAUCUUUCUGGUGAGAGCCCUGACCCUUCCUGGAUCAUCUGAAGGUCUAAUCUACCUGUUCACACCUGACUGGGAGAUCCUGAAGAACCCCCAGGUAUGGCUGGAUGCUGCUACUCAGAUCUUCUUCUCUCUGUCAGUGGCCUUUGGUGGACUCAUCUCAUUCUCCAGUUACAACAGCCAGAAGAAUAACUGUGAAAGGGAUGCUGUUUUAGUGGGGGUUAUAAACAGUGCUACAUCUAUCUAUGCCUCCAUCCCCAUCUUUGCCAUCCUGGGAUUCAAGGCCCACACCAACUAUGUCACCUGUCUGAAUGGUAACAUCUUAGCUCUGACCAAUGAGUUUGAUAUUAGCGACAUGAACAUAACGGUUGAAAACUACGAGCAGUGGUUUGACUCUUUAAAUGGGACACAUCCAUCUAGAGUAUCCGAUCUCAACCUGAAGACAUGCGACCUGCAAACCUUCUUGGAUCAGAGUGCGUCUGGUACUGGGUUAGCGUUCAUCGUGUUCACAGAAGCGGUGAUAUCGAUGCCUGGCUCUCAGGUGUGGGCUGUGCUCUUCUUCAUCAUGCUGUUCAGUCUGGGUCUGUCCUCCAUGUUUGGUAAUCUGGAGGGCAUCCUCACGCCCCUUCAUGACCUCAAACUGGUGCCCAAGUGGAUGCCCAAUGAGCUCUUCACAGCAAUAAUCUGUCUGGUAUUGUUCCUGAUGGCUCUGAUAUUCUGUCUGGGAUCAGGGAACUACUGGUUGGAGAUCUUUAACAGUUACGUGGGCUCCGUUCCUUUUCUCAUCAUCGCCUUCUUUGAGAUCAUCGCUGUGGCAUACAUCUACGGAAUAGGACGGUUCAGUGAUGACUUGGAGUUCAUGACAGGACAUAGACCCAACAUCUUCUGGAAGGUUUGCUGGUUGGUCAUCAGCCCUCUGAUGCUGUUCGUGGUGUUGGUGGCGUACGUUGCCGUCCAGGCCCAGACACAUCCCACCUACGCAGCAUGGAAUCCUGACUAUGUGAACUUCCCCGACACAGAGGUUCUGCCGUAUCCAGACUGGGUGUUUGCCAUCUGUGUCCUGCUGUCUUCAGUACCAGUUAUCUCCAUCCCCCUGGUGGCCAUCUACAGACUCAUCUGCUGCAUGUCAGGAAGACACUCUAAAGGCAGUCUCCACAACGAUCCGAAUCCUUAUGCCAACGAAGGCUACGUUGUAGAGAGUUAGACCCUGAAGACACUCUAAAGGCAGUCUCCACAACGAUCCGAAUCCUUAUGCCAACGAAGGCUACGUUGUAGAGAGUUAGACCCUGAAGACACUCUAAAGGCAGUCUCCACAACGAUCCGAAUAUUUAUGCCAACGAAGGCUACGUUGUAGAGAGUUAGACCCUGAAGACACUCUAAAGGCAGUCUCCACAACGAUCCGAAUAUUUAUGCCAACGAAGGCUACGUUGUAGAGAGUUAGACCCUGAAGACACUCUAAAGGCAGUCUCCACAACGAUCCGAAUAUUUAUGCCAACGAAGGCUACGUUGUAGAGAGUUAGACCCUGAAGACACUCUAAAGGCAGUCUCCACAACGAUCCGAAUAUUUAUGCCAACGAAGGCUACGUUGUAGAGAGUUAGACCCUGAAGACACUCUAAAGGCAGUCUCCACAACGAUCCGAAUAUUUAUGCCAACGAAGGCUACGUUGUAGAGAGUUAGACCCUGAAGACACUCUAAAGGCAGUCUCCACAACGAUCCGAAUAUUUAUGCCAACGAAGGCUACGUUGUAGAGAGUUAGACCCUGAAGACACUCUAAAGGCAGUCUCCACAACGAUCCGAAUAUUUAUGUCAACGAAGGCUACGUUGUAGAGAGUUAGACCCUGAAGACACUCUAUUUCGAUCUAUCCUCAUCUGAGCAACACUGUAAAACAACGCUGAGGUGAAAUAAUUGCCUCACAUCAACUGACCUUGACAUUCCUUACACUCAUGAAUCAAAAGGGUGUUUAUUUGUUUUUAUUUCGUAAUAAUGAAGGACGGACGAUCGGUUGCACUCGAAUUAGACAGUGAUUUUUUUUUUAUGUCUCCAGGAGUAGUUUUUUUGUUGUCUUUUGGGUGACACAAAGAAGAUUGAAGAGCUGAGAAUCGGUGAAUGUUUGGGUUUACCAAUUUUGACCAACUAAAAAUGGAUUUGUUGGUCAAAUUAUAGAUUUUUUUGUAUUUGUUUUCUCACACAGAACAUAAAGAUUAGAGCUAAUGUAAACAGCAUAGAUCUUUCAGUGUGAAGAUAGUGUUUAUGUCAUUAUGUUUUCUACUGGAAAUGAAAUUACAUCUGUGAUAUCAAAUGUAUUUCCUUAUUUCUUUCAUAGAACCUACCACUCCUAAACCAUAAACGUUAGAGAUAAUACAGCAAUUAGAUGGAGAAUUAACCUAGGCGUUGAAACCACAGUAUGACAGCAUGAAAAUAUACUUUUAGUUUUACUAAAGCACAAAACAUAAAUAACUUUGUAUUACAUAUUGGUAUUGUGCUAUAUUACUUAUAUAAAUAUAUACUUUAUUUCAGUCACACAUCACUGACACAUAGCCUAGUAGACCGAUCUGUUUGCACUUUAGCUAGCUAACUCCUCUGUCCUGUCCGUUGUCAUGGCACUUUAGCUAGCCAACUCCUCUGUCCUGUCCGUUGUCAUGGCACUUUAGCUAGCUAACUCCUCUGUCCUGUCUGUUGUCAUGGCACUUUAGCUAGCUAACUCCUCUGUCCUGUCUGUUGUCAUGGCACUUUAGCUAGCUAACUCCUCUGUCCUGUCCGUUGUCAUGGCACUUUAGCUAGCUAACUCCUCUGUCCUGUCUGUUGUCAUGGCACUUUAGCUAGCUAACUCCUCUGUCCUGUCCGUUGUCAUGGCACUUUAGCUAGCUAACUCCUCUGUCCUGUCCGUUGUCAUGGCACUUUAGCUGGCUAACUCCUCUGUCCUGUCUGUUGUCAUGGCACUUUAGCUAGCUAACUCCUCUGUCCUGUCUGUUGUCAUGGCACUUUAGCUAGCUAACUCCUCUGUCCUGUCCGUUGUCAUGGCAAAUGCUAGAAAGAACGAAAUAUGACACACUUUGAUGCGAUGAAUCAACAGGACAAAGUCCAAAGAUAGAGAUGGGAGGAGGUUUUUGUCUUGUUGACUUCACAUUCAAUCUUUAUAGAUUUUUUACAUGGCAUGUUAAAGAGAGACUUUUAUGAUCCUUAUCGCUCUACUGUUUUAUAUCAAUUUAAUGAUGUUUUGCUCUCUCUUUCUCUCAUGAUCUUGUGAAAGAGAUGUGUUUUAAUCAGGUUGUUUGUGCCAAGUUAAGGAUCUGCCAAACCUCAGCCCGCAUCAUCACUGUAUCCCUAGUUAGACCUGGGAUGGUCAAAUAAACCAACCACGACCACUCUACGAAUAUAAAUUACACCUGGUACUAUUUCCACUUGCUUUAAAAGUACAUUGGUAUCAAAAAUAAGGUAGAUAUGUCAAUAUAUAAACAGAUGCAACGAGGCUCCUUCCUACCUGUGCUGUUCUUUGCAGAAACCCUAAUACACUGCAGUGGUUAUUGGCCGUGAAGGAGGGGGCUGAGAUUCUCGACUAGGCCCGGAUGGCCUUGAAGUCCUCAGGUGUUUUUGGGUGUGGCAGCCUGUCUGACUCGUGCUAGUCUGAAACCACCCAGCUAGUCUGAAACCACGCUGCUUAUGAGAGCUAGAAUGAACUAUGGGGUUUUUGCUUUCUAAUAACAAAGUCAAGUUUAACCAUUAACCCCAAUUUGUGUGCUAAACGAAUAAUAAACAUUAACUUUGCUCUCACA